AUGGCCUCUGCUGGAGAAAAUUCCAUGCGCAAACAGAUGAGCAUAACCCGACGCCGUCAUCGACGUCGACUAACCGUAAGAAACAACCGCUUCCGUUUCUCCAGCACCAAUACUAACAAACACGCACAUCAAACUCGCUUGAACAACUUCUCAAAAGAUGUUAUUAGUGAUAAUACGACAACCGCGGAUAACUCAGAUUCAGACGCCGUCUAUUUGGUUGAAGAUAUCAUCGGGGAAAAGAUCGUGAAAGGUCAGAAGUUCUACAAG